CAGUAGUGGGAUGCCCGGAUGAAGACCGCAGAGACGCGCCGUUGCCAUGGCAGCCGGGUGCUGGCUGCAGCAGGAGCCGGCCCGGGGGUGUCACCCUUGCCUUGUUGUCAGAGCUUAGAAAAGGAGAGGAGAGCUCCCGUGGCUUUCUCUGUGCCCCCAACUGCUGCAUCUUCUACAGGCAGGAGGGGACUUGGCGGAAGAGGAGGGCAGGACGACUCAGAUUCUGGUGGGAGGAUCGAGGAGAAGAUAAACGUCUGGGCUAGCAUUAUCCACUGACAAGUGGAAAAAUGAAUGAAAGUAAAGUUAUUGAUUCAAAAGAAAGUGGGGAGUAUGAAGAUGACUUUGAAAAGGACCUGGAGUGGCUGAUCAAUGAUAAAGAAAAAAGUAAUGGCAGCAUAAUAGAGAUGGCUUGCAAGAGGGAAGACGAUCUUGACCUGGAGUUGAAAGAAAAUGAACCAGAAACAGAACACAACCAAGAGCUCUCGGAUCCAGACAAACCUGUGAAGGACGAGGCCUCGCCCAGAAGAAAUGACUUCAUUUCCGUCCCAAGUAUUCAGCCGCUGGAUCCCAUAUCGGACUCUGACAGUGAGAACUCCUUCCAGGACUUCAAAGCAGAAAACCAGAGAGACCUGGAGGAAGAAGAGGAUGAGGAAGUCAGGAGAUAUAUUAUGGAGAAAAUUAUAGAGGCUAACAAAAUCCUACAGAAUCAAGAGCCCGUGAAUGACAAAAGGGAGCGGAAACUUAAGUUCAAAGACAAACUAGUUGAUUUAGAAGUCCCGCCGUUAGAAGACAGUGAUACUUGUAAAGCUUUCUUAGAGAAUGAAAAUAAUAUGUCUGGAAAACUGUCCCAGUUGUGCAUUUCUGGUGAACCAGGACAAGAGAAUGUGGUCCUGUCGGUUACUGACGGCAGCUGUGAAGAGAACGACAGAAAGAUACUGGUAGAGAGAGACGGGAAGUUUGAACUUAUGAAUUUGCAAGACAUUGAGAGUCAGGGCUUUCUGCCCCCCAUUAAUAGUGCUAAUAAUACAGAAAAUGAAUCCUCACAGUUGCCGCUCAGGUCUCCCACCCCGACUGUUGGUGGUGUCAAGAAAGAAGAGCCUGUGGCAAAGGUUCAUACUCUCUCUCCACCAGGAGAGCUAUUGGCGCAAGUCCCUCAGCAGCCUCCCAACCUCAAGACUCGUCCAAGUUCUGCUGCCAACCCAGAGCUAAAUAAAAAAAGCAGGAGAUCUAAUCACAGGAUACAGUCUGCAGGUGUCUCUCCAGUGACCUCAACGUAUUGUCUUUCGCCACGACAGAAAGAACUCCAAAAACAGCUCGAACGGAAGAGAGAAAAGCUAAAGAGGGAGGAAGAACAGCGCAAACUAGAGGAAGAGAACGAGAAGAAAAAGGAGAACGAGGUGGUGUUUAAAGCGUGGCUGCAGAAGAAAAGAGAGCAGGUCAUAGAAAUGCGGCGAGUUCAGCGAGCAAAGCAGAUCGAGGACAUGAACAGCAGACAGGUGAACAGAGACCCUCAACAAGCUUUUCGAUUAUGGCUUAAGAAAAAGCAUGAGGAGCAGAUGAAAGAAAGGAAGACGGAGGAGCUCCGGAAGCAAGAAGAGUGUCUGUUCUUCCUGAGAGGAACGGAGGGCCGCGAUAGGGCCUUUAGACAAUGGCUCAGAAGAAAACAGAUAGAGAAAAUCGCAGAGCAACAGGCUGUCAAGGAGAGAGCCAGGCAGCUCCGACUAGAAGCACGGCGUUCCAAACAGCUGCAGAACAACCUGUACAACAUGCCAGAUGCCAAAUCCUUCCGCUUCACCGACCACUAUAACUGAAGUUGUCCGGGAAAGCCUUCACUUGAAGAUGCUGUCACCAGAGUUUUGGAUGUCAUUUCCGAUGGACCCAGUGUCUUGAUAAUACUAAAUUAUGGAGUGGGAUUUGUCUUUUGGUAAUGCUGACGGUGAAUCUAUAUUGUCUUCACACUAACACAAAAUAAACGUCUCUCAUGGUGUUGA